AUGAACGCGCUGGUGGAAGAAACAGAUAUAAGCAAAUUCUACCAUCACCCAACCUGGCCACACCGCUGGUUCCAUCCAGAAUUCACCGAUGAGGCCAUCAGAACGUGGCAAAAAGAGCUCUGCAACUCGGGCGAUAGAUGCCUGGGAUGUCGUUUCCUGAGAAACCUUGGGACAUCGGGAUCUCCGUGGGGUUAUAUUAUAUACCGAACCGUUUACACGCCCGAGUCAGAAGAGCUUUGGCCCAUAGCCAUGGAAAAGCUGACACGGUUGACAUUUUGCGAGUUCGAGGCCGAGUUCAAGAAUCACCACGUGAAUGCUCGCAACUCCCGCCCGGAACGAUUGGUGAAAGAGGCACACAAGAAUGUGAUUAUUUCCGAUCCGGAUUACUGGAAUGGUGCUGGCAUUGAAACUAUUCGGGCGCAUUUUGCUGAAUACCUGCGUGCGGCCGGUGAGUACAAAUCUAUCGGCACUUCUCGAUUUGGGGGAUGUCUUGUGAUCGAUGAGCGGUCUUUGAAAUCGAUUAUCGCGACGACGGACCCUUUUAAUGAGAGGGGUGAGCGUCAGUGGGGCAAUGUUGGCUUUGUUGGCAUGGUCGAUGGGCGGUAUGAACAGGGGAUAAAGUAUGAUAUACCAAGUUACAAAGGGUUCAUGAGGGUGAGGGUUCGUAACUUGUGGUGGAUGUACAUAAAUUUUGAUUUUAAGUCCAUGGAUGACCUUUGCCAUGAUGUUCCUGAUGGCUUGAUACCAGUCUAUGACGGGGGAGAUGGGCAGGCGCACGAUGAGGAGGGGAAUGAUUGUCGUGCGGAGCUUGCAAACUUCCGGGAGCGGCACCGGGCUGGACGACGGCUGGUAUAA